GUGACUGGAUACACUCUAGAGCUGAGAUAUUAAUAACUGUCUUUUUUCAGGGAGAUCAUACUUAAUAUUUAAUCGUUGAAGCUAACCAAGACCUUUGUGCUUUUGUUUUUUUACCUUCCUGCAGCAGCCAAAUGAAUAAUGCCUCUGCAGCAAAAACAAGCAAAAAGCAAGAGCAACAGUUAUCCCUCCGUCAGAGGAUGGCAUUAUUUCAGGCCAGUCCUUCGGAUAGACAGACAAGCAGUAAAGGAAGUGAUAUGUGUAAAAGCAAAAAGGGUGGAGCAGAAACAAAUACAUCCAUCUCAGUAUCUCUUCGUGUUCAAAAAGAAGUCAAUGAAUACAAAGCCUGCUCUUCUUCUACUCUUAGUAAUAAUCACCUCAAUGAAGCUCCCAUGUUUACCUCAUGCCUCCCACCCUCUGACCCCUGCAAUAGUCAAGAGCUCAUCUCAUUUCUGCUCCCUUCCUACUGUGACUCACUCUUUAAGUCAAUAUGUAGUUUAAAAGAAGAGGGUCUACUAUUAGACUGCAGUUUACAACUUCUUGGCAAUACUCACAAAGCUCACCAAUUGGUGCUUGCUGCUGUCAGUCAAAAAGCAGAGGCGUGGCUGUGCUCCAAGAACAUGGUGGUGAAUUUGGAUAAUUUAGGAGGAUCUGCAUGUCAUAUAACUUAUGCAGGACUGAAAGCUGUUUUGAACUUUGCUUACUGUGGAGAAGUGAAUAUGAUUUACCCUGAGGCCAGAAAUUUGGAGGAGAUUCUGAUGGCUUGCAGGUGUUUAGAAGUGGAUCGACUUGCAGAGGUGUGCAAGGCUGAAGAUCCAUCCUCAGGGAGAGUGGAAAGAGAACACUGCCUGCAGGUGAUAAGGACUCUGUGGAAGAGGCAUGUUGGCUGUGAUGUUAUCAUGGAGGUGGAAAGUGGAGAACGUUUCCCUGCCCAUCGUGUUAUACUUGCUGCUGGAGGAGACUACUUUAGAGCCCUCUUUUGCAGUGGCUUACGUGAGUCCAAAGAGGAGGUGGUGUGUAUGCAAGGCAUUGCAUCAUGGGUGCUGGAAUCCAUGUUGGAGUUCAUAUACUCUGGACAGUUAAAGCUGGGCUGGCAGAAUAUCUGGGACCUAACUGAAGCUUUUCUGCAAUUCCAGCUACAAGGGGCACAAACACUAUGCUCACAAUUUCUACAUGACCAUAUGAAUGAUGCUUCCUGUUUAGACACUCUGUUUCUAGCUGAGACAUAUGGACUGGAGCAUCUUGGUAGGGCAGCAGAGGAGUAUGCUUUAUCCCACUUUCAGCAGGUUUCAGAGAGAGAGAAUUUUAAAGAUCUCACGUGUACUCUACUGGAGCGACUGCUAGGAAAAGAUGAACUGAGAGCAGACUCUGAGGUGGUGGUGUUCAGGGCCUUAAUGAGUUGGGUUGAGGAGAAUAAAGCAUACAAUCUGCCCAAUUUACCAGAACUUCUCCAGAGAGUCCGCUUCCCUUUAAUGAGUCCAACAGAGCUAGAGGAGGUUGAGGGCUGCAGACUGCUAAGUAGAAAUGCAGAAGGAAGGGAAGCCUUACAGAUAGUGAGGAAGCUUCUCAAAGGGAACCAGGGAGCAAUAGGAUGUAAACCACGUAACCCAAAUCAGGUCUUGGUGUUGGUGGGAGGGGACAGUGUGGAUGACAACUUUGAGCGGCGGGAACCAAACCGGUCCCUGUGGUUUGCUCAGCGCUUUCUGAGAGGAGAAGGGCUCAUAAGGACUAUAGAGUGGGAACCUUUGGUUCAGCUACCAGACCCUCCACGACUUCGCCAUUGUGUUUGUGUGCUCAAUAACUUUUUGUACAUACUAGGAGGCCGCAAGUACUAUGGAAAACUAGAUAUACUCAAGUCUGUGGUGAGAUUCAGCCCUGCACAUUGUAAAUGGGAGUGUUUGCCUGAUAUGGCCAGUCCCAGAGAUUACUUUGCUGCUGUGUGUUGGAGAGGCAAGGUGUUUGUCCUGGGAGGCAACCUUGAUGACACAACUUACCUGGAUUCUGUGGAGUAUUACACACCUGAAGACAAUACUUGGCGGUUGGCUCAUCCUUUAGACACACCCAUUUCUGGCCAUGCUGCUGCCAUAUUGGAUGGUGAGAUUUUCCUAUCAGGAGGCUGUGACUCUCAUCAACACUGUCUUCCUUCUCUGUGGCAUUAUGAUCCUGUCUAUGGCUGCUCAAACAGGGCUCCGAUGGAGAGUGGAGCUGGCCGUGCAGGUCAUGUGAUGCUGGCUGUAGGAAAUCAACUGGUCGUGGCUGGAGGGCUGCAGCCGCUGCAAGUGGGUUUUGGGGACCAGUUACAAUGCGAGGCAUAUGAUGUGUUGCAUAAUUGCUGGAUGCCUCUUCCCCCUCUGCCACGACCCCAUCUUUCUCCUGCAGCCACAUCUCUGGAUGGAAUGCUAUAUGUCUUGGGAGGAUAUUCAUCUGAUUCAGGAUAUGACACACCAUGGGUUUAUCGAUAUGACCCACGGGACAAAUUCUGGGACAAACUGGGAACAAUGCCUCAUGCUUACGCUGACCUUGCAGCAUGCAUGCUUCAAUUACCCAUAAGCCUCAGGGGUUAAUGUUGUCUGAAUAUUCCAGAAUAAUAUUCUGUUGAAAACUGCAAAGUGUUUGUUAAAUAGCAUAAAUUGUGCAUGGUACAUGAAAGGUAAUUAAUACAAAAAUACAGUUAGAAGUAAAGUCUGACCAGUCUUGGGGUCAUCCAGUUUCAUCAUAUGCCUUACAACAAAUUAUAGCAGGAAAAAAGCCACAUCAGGACUAAUUUUAUUCACUAGACUUUACUGCAGAAAAAUACACAGAUGAAAGAAAAUUCAUAGAAAUUCAUGACUGAUGAAAAUGCGCAAGGUUUUCUGCAGCCUGUGAUGUGUAUAUGCAGGAACCACAUCUUUUUUUUACCUGCUGCAAACGUUUGAUAUACUGCUAGAUUUAAAUAUAUUUCAUACACAUGUUUUCGAAAUACAGUCUCACUUCCUGUUUUGACUUUUACUGUCUGAAUUGUUUGCAUGCUAUAUGCACUUCCUGUUGUUGGUUUCACUGUCAAUGAAGCUCUCAGUUACCAGUUAACAAUUUAGACAGAAAAUAAUGUCAUAGGGUGUGUUGAGAAGAGCAUGAUCCAGGGAUUUAUUUGGAAAAAGAGAUUUUUUUUUAAAAAUGGUGUAGUGACUUGGUGCUAAGUUCGGUCAGUGUGCCAAAUUCUACAACAUGAUUAUUGUAACAUGACAUUAAUAAUAAUAAUAAUAAUAAUAAUAAUAAUAAUAAUAAUAAUAAUAAUAAUAGCACUAGCAAACACAGUAGAUGCCUACAUUUGGUGCUUCGACCCAAAUAAAUUAUAAUCCUUCA